AUGAAAAACUUUCUCUCAACUUUAGUUACAUUGAUAUUGUUGUCGAUAGCAGCAGACGCAAACAAAUCGCUAUACAACAAAGGAAUACAUUAUGAUGGGACUCCGAUUGUUGCCGGCACAGAUACAAUGCUUCCGAACUGGAUACUUUUGGGUAUUGUGGUCUCUACAGUCGGACUAGUUAUACCAACAGCAGCUCUCGUUCUUUUCACGGUAAAUAAAAAAAUAAAGUACCCGUUGAUCGAAGCAAUCGUCUUUGGUUUGUUGUCAGUCGCUUUUCUAGUUUAUGUUAUUUCCGGUGCCAUCAAUACAGACAUCGUAGAUUGUUUUACUUGGGAUGGAGAACAAAGACUCAGAUGUUCUACUCCUAAAGGUGCCGAAUUCUUUGCUUUUAUUGGACUUAUGACUUUUAUUUUUGCUGUUUCUAACGGUGCUAAAGAAUGGUGGAAAAAUAAACAUCCAGAACCAUUUAAUAAUAAUAAUAAUGAGAUGGUGAAUAAUGAGGUUGCUUAG